UAUAUCUACCUCUCUCUUCUCCUCCUUCUCCACCUUCACUUUCUUCUUCUUCUUCUUCAAUUUUUGUUCUUCUCGCUCUUUCUGUUUCCAGUUUUCGCCAUCACUUUGUUCCCGAUCGGAUUUCUGGGUGGAAAAGGUGGUUGUGGUGCAUGAUCACGGUGUCUCACAGCUGAAUCUCUGUAAUUCUGAGCUGAAAAAGGGAAAAGAAAAAAUUAUGAUUGUGUGUACGGAAGAAUAGAAUAUCAGUGUUAUUUGUAUGAUGUUUUUGGUGAUUUUGAUGAGCAAAAAAGUUGAAUUCUGUAGAGAAUUUGUAGAUUCUAGUCCAGAAGGGUGAAAGGUUGUGUUUCUCUUUCUCCUUUUGGUGAUUUAUUUGUGAAGUGUUCAACUAUUAAAGAAGUUGUGAAAGGAAGAACUAGUUUGAGAAAAGUUUGGUUCUGUUGAGGAGAUCUUAAUCACUUGGUUCUGCUUCCAUGGCUGUUCAAGAUCAAAGUGGAGUUGCUAGAUUACAGGGUGGUCUCACAGUAGGAAAUGAAGUAUCUUUUGUUUCUCGAGCAUACUCAGUUCCACAUGUUCAAUUGAAUGAUCAAUUUUCCUGCGGAAAUGACUAUUCCCCCAAGGUGAGGAAACCAUAUACAAUUACAAAGCAGCGAGAGCGUUGGACAGAUGAUGAACAUAAGAAGUUCCUUGAAGCUUUGAAGCUGUAUGGCCGAGCUUGGCGUCGAAUCGAAGAACAUGUUGGCACAAAGACUGCUGUUCAGAUUCGAAGUCAUGCUCAGAAGUUUUUUUCUAAGGUUGUCCGAGACUCGAGUGGGAACCCUACAAGCCUGGUGGAGCCAAUUGAGAUUCCACCUCCUCGACCAAAGCGAAAGCCGAUGCAUCCCUACCCUCGGAAGCUAGUAGAGAUCCCCAAGAGGGAAAUUUCUAACCUGGAACAUUCAGUGAGGUCUAACUCUCCUAAGUCAGCAGAUGUGGAUCAAGAAAACAAAUCUCCCAAGUCAGUACUAUCUGCAAUUGUUUCGGACACCCUUGGUUCCUCGGAUUCAGAUACACUGGCUGGAAGUUUAUCCCCAGUGUCAUCCAUGAGUGGCGGUAAUACCAGUAAUUCUGCACUUGCUGAGCCCAAAUCAUCAUUUGAGGAAGAUAGGUCCACACCUCUAGUUGGACUAAAUGCCAAUUCUGCUCAACAUGAGCACCCUCUUGUGAAACUUGAGCUUUCCCACAAUGAAAGUGUUUCUACCAAAGAUGAUGUGGCUGAAGAAUCAUCCAGCCGCACUCUAAAACUUUUCGGAACAACCCUGUUGUUAACAGAUACCUGUACUCCAAUCAAUGAGGUAUCCAAACCUGUACCUAUCAAUACUAUGCAUCUUAUGCAACUUCAGAGCAGAAAUUCAGAUGCUACAAAAGAUCCUGCAACUGUUGUUGCACCUUGGUGGAUUCUUUCACACAACAGACCAUUCAUACCACUGCACAAGCAGCCUGAGGAGAAGAAUCGGGAUUCGGAUCUUGGGGAAUUCGAAACCAAAGAAGUUCAAAAGGAACCGUCAUGGAGCGGUUCGAACACUAGUUCAGUUAGUGAUGAAGAGAACACUGCAAAAAGUAAGGAGCAAGGCAUGAGUCGCAUAAGGGUGAGGCCUAGAACUUUUGGCAAAGGGUUUGUGCCAUAUAAAAGGUGUAUGGCAGAAAGAGAAAAGAACCAUUACUAUUCAACAAUGACAUGUGAGAAGACGGAAGAACAAAGGAUCAAGCUUUCCUUAUAAGGUUCCUUUUCAAAUUGGUUCUUUCUUCGAAGGAGUUACCCCCUUUAUUUUUCAGAUAUGUACUAUAACUGUUUGCCCUGUUUUCUGUUGUUUGUUGCUGGGUGACUUGGUCCAAUGAGGAAGAGGGAACAAAGGGAACUGAAAAUUUUGACAUUGCAAAAUCUCCAGCUGUUCAAAUCCACAAACCAAGCUUCUUUGCACUAUAUAUAUAUAACUUCAUGACCUCUUUAGUUUUUUUUCCCCUUUAUUUUUUAUGUUUGUGUUUCCUCCAAAUUCUUUCUCACCUUCACCUGUGAAUUAUGUAUAUGUAGAGCUUUUUUGGUUUUCAGCAUUUUGUUCUUACUAAACGUCAAAAGUGUAAGUUACAUCUAUAUACUUGUGCAAUAAUCAUUACUGUGCUUGUCCAAAUGUUAUCAUAUUGAAUAAGAUAUAUCUUUGAUGGAA